AUGACGUCAAUGAAAAAUGCCCAUGGUAACUCAGUUUAUGGAAAUCCUUCAGUAACGUUGGCCUUAUUAAAAGCCGGAGCCGAUGCACAGACGACAGCAACAGAUGGGAGAAGUGUAUACGAUUUGUUUACUGAAAGAGCCUUUUAUGAUGACAAUUUGUCUUGUCUUGAUGAAAGAUUUGCAGCGGAAAUUCAAAUGAGAGCUCUCGUGAGAAACCAAACACCCCUUGUUAAAAUAGAAGACAUCUGCAAUACCCUCACCAUAGGAAAGAAAAUAAAACCGUUUUUAGGACAACUUCAA